AUGGAGAAGGGGGACGGGCCCGCCCUCCAGCCUCUGCUGUGCCUCGCCUGGCUCGCCGCCACGCUCCCCAUCCUCGCCGCCGCGCUCCCCAUCCCCGCGGCCGCCGGCGGCCGCCUCCUCCACAGCCUCCUCGCCGCCUUCUCCUCCCGCGGCAAGACCGUCAGGCCGUCCUCCUCCUCCUCCAAGGCUGCAGCCUGCCUCAAUCUCCAGUGGGCCCUGGUUCGGCACGAUCGUUCUGGUAAUAACUCAUGGAAGUUCACAGUUCCACAGAAGUACUUCUUGCAUUUCUAUGUGGUGGGAGUGGCGGUGACAACAAGCUUGCUGCUUGCAAUAUGCUUCUAUGCAUAUAUGGAAAUGACACCGCUGUUGCCAGAGCCAUCGAGUUACUCCACAAUCGCUAGCCAUCUUAUUGGGUCAAAUUCGUUCUCUUUUGGCAGUGUCCUGUCGCGCACCAUGGAACACAAGUAUCGUGUCUGGCGGACUGUCUUUGUACUUCUACUGAUGGAAAUUCAGGUGCUGAGACGCCUGUAUGAGACUGAAAAUGUGUUUCACUACAGCCCAUCAGCUCGGAUGCACAUUGUAGGAUAUCUGACGGGUCUAUUCUAUUACACGGCCACACCUUUAUCUCUCGCUAGCUCUUGUCUUCCUGAAGCAAUAGAUUUUAUCCGAGGUCAAAUAGUUGAGUUCAUAGUAAAGGGUCGUGCAAGAAUGCCAGACCUAGUCAUUGAUUCACCCUCUCUCCUAAAGCCUCUUUUAAAGUUGGGGUGGUGCCAGUGGAUAGGUGCUAUUAUAUUCAGUUGGGGAUCCCUCCAUCAGAUCCGUUGUCAUGCAAUUCUUGGAUCGUUGCGCGAAAAUAAAGAUUCUGAUGAAUAUGUUAUUCCUUGCGGUGACUGGUUUAGUCAUGUGUCUUGCCCUCAUUACCUUGCUGAACUAGUUAUAUAUUUGGGCAUGUUGAUAGCUAGUGGUGGUUCAGACAUUUCAGUGUGGUUCCUGUUCAUUUUUGUGAUAACAAACUUGUCAUUUGCAGCAGUACAAACUCAUAGGUGGUACCUCCAAAAGUUUGAAGACUACCCCCGCUCUCGCUAUGCAAUCAUUCCAUUUGUAUUGUAG